GCAGCUCCAGGUGUUGCCGGAGGUCACCAACGUCCAGGUGCAGGGCAGGGAGGUGACAGGUGUGACAGAGGGGGCAGGGGUGACAGGUGUCCUAGGUGUCCCAGGUGUUACUGGUGUGACAGGUGUGCCAGGUGUCACGGGUGUCACAGGGGUGAGAAGUGUGACAGCUGUGACUGGUGUCACAGGUGUGACAGGUGUUGCAGGUGUCACAGGGGUGCAGCUCCAGGCCACUGAGGUGACAAGGGUGACAGGUAUGACAGGAAUGACAGGGGUGCCAGGGGUGCCAGGUGUGACAGGGGUGCCAGGUGUCACAGGUGUCACAGGUGUCACAGGGCUGCAGCUCCAGGUGCUGCCGGCGCCCUCCGAGGUGACCAAAGUCCAGCUCCAGGUGUUGCCACCACCCCCUGAGGUCACCAGAGUGCAGCUCCAGGUGCUGCCACCACCCCUGGAUGUCACCUGUGUCCAGCUCCAGGCAGGUGAGGUGGCCAAUGUCCAGCUCCAGGUGUUGCCACCGCCCCCUGAGGUGACCAAUGUCCGGCUCCAGGCGCAGCCACCACCCUCAGGUGUCACCUGUGUCCAGCUCCGAGCAGGUGAGGUGGCCAGUGUCCAGCUCCAGGUGCUGCCACCACCACCUGAGAUGACCAGUGUCCAUCUCCAGGCCACUGAGGUGACCAAAGUCCAGCUCCAAGCGAUGCCACCGCCCUCCCAGGUGACCAAUGUCCAGCUCCAGGUGCUGCCACCACCACCUGAGGUGACCAAUGUCCACCUGGAGACCAUGGAGGAGGUGCCCAGUGCCCACCUGGAAACCUUGGAGGUGCCCCCUGUGCACCUGGAGACCUCAGAGGUGCCCAGUGCCCACCUGGAGACUUUGGAGGUGCCUCCUGUGACCCUGGAACUCGGCACGGAGGUGCCCAGUGCCCACCUGGAGAUGAUGGAGGUGCCCCAUGCCCACCUGGAAACCUUGGAGGUGCCCAGUGCUCACCUGGAGACGUCAGAGAUGCCCAAUGGCCACCUGGAGACCCCCAAGGAAGUGCCCAGUGCCCACCUGGAGCCCACAGAGGUGCCCAGUGCCCACCUGGAAACCUUGGAGGUGCCCUCUGUGCACCUGGAGACAUCAGAGGUGCCCAGUGCCCACCUGGAACCCCCCGAGGAGGUGACAAAUGUCCACCUGGAGACUUUGGAGGUGCCCAGUGCCCACCUGGAGACCUCAGAGGUGCCCAGUGCCCACCUGGAGGUGAUGGAAGUGCCCAGUGCC